AAUUUGGAUUUUGAUUCAAAUUUCAGACUGAGACGCGCGCCGCCACCGCAGGAAAAAGAAGAAGCACCUGCUGAGCAGACUGAAGCUGAAAAAGCUAUGCUUGCAGCAAAAAAGAGGCAUGAGGAGGAAGAAGCAGCCAAAAUGGAGGAUUACCAGGAACGCCGGAAAGCUGAAAAAGAACGAAUUGAGGAAGAGCUGCGAGCGCUCAAAGAGAAACAGGAGCAGAGACGACUGCAGCGCGAGGAGGAGGAACGAGAAUUUGCAGAAAGACGGCGCCAGGACGAAGAAAAAAGACGGCAAGAAGAGGAAGAAAGUAAGGCUAGAAUUGAAGCGGAGAAGCAGCGCCGUGAUGAGGAACGAAAGAAACGGCAGCAUCUGAUGGCUGGUUCAUUUGCUGCCGGUGCAGUAGGUGGCGGAAAGAAUUACGUAAUCCAGAAAUCAGAAAAAGGCGAUCAGAUGAAGAAUCUUGCUCAAGAAUCAAGCGAGGAGGAAAAGAAGGCUGCCAAGAAAGCGUUUCUGGAAGCUGUACAACGUCGUGCGGCCAAUGUUGCUGAUCUGCUGCCAAAUGAUUUAAAGGAUCGCAUUAAGCAGUUGCAUGCUCGUAUUGUGAAGCUGGAAGGCGAAAAAUAUGAUCUGGAGAAGCGACACGAACGUCAGGAAUAUGAUCUGAAAGAGCUGCACGAACGUGAGCGUCAAGUUGCCCGAAACAAGGCAUUGCAGCGUGGUCUAGAUCCAGAAGAAGCAGCCGCUUCCAUACAUCCAGUAAGUCUCCAAUUUUUCUCCAGAAAUCUUCACCUCUUCCAUCCACCGAAAAUUGCGCACGGAACCGCUCGUCCACCACCGGAGUGGGGUCGACGUGAGAACGAAGAGCUGGAGCAGAUCCGCAAAAAUCUGGAACCACCAAAAUACGUGGAACAGGUGAAAGCCGAAGGUGAUGCAGCACGACCACCAAUUCAACCUAUUCCGCUUGCGGUACCUGGUGUGGAUGAAGUAGAAGAGGAUGAACAAAAAACAGCAGAAGCAGAUCCACCUGUUGACGCCAAAGCACCUGGAAAAGGAGAAGGCGCCGGACUGGCUGCUAAAGCUCCCGUACCACCACCAACGGUUUGCUUUCUUUAG